CUCUCUCGGUCUCUCCUCGCCUUAGGAUGCGAGCUCGCUCGCUCUAGCUAGCUACAUAGGCCAUCGAGGUAGCAGCAGAGGAGAGUGGUGGGUAGCUAGCUAGCUAGGGUUUCUUCUGGUGAAGGAACGCAGCUGCGUGCGAGAUCUCGAGAUGGUUCUGUCGAACCCGGCGAUGCUGCCGCCGGGGUUCCGGUUCCACCCGACGGACGAGGAGCUGAUCGUGCACUACCUCCGCAACCGGGCCGCCUCGUCGCCGUGCCCGGUCUCCAUCAUCGCCGACGUCGACAUCUACAAGUUCGAUCCGUGGGUCCUCCCGUCUAAGGCGGCCUACGGCGACAAGGAGUGGUACUUCUUCAGCCCGAGGGACCGCAAGUACCCGAACGGGAUCCGGCCGAACCGCGCGGCGGGCUCCGGCUACUGGAAGGCCACCGGCACCGACAAGCCCAUCCACAGCAGCGGCGGCGGCGGCGGGAGCAACGAGAGCGUCGGCGUCAAGAAGGCGCUCGUCUUCUACAAGGGCCGCCCGCCCAAGGGCACCAAGACCAACUGGAUCAUGCACGAGUACCGCCUCGCCGCCGCCGACGCCCACGCCGCCAACACCUACCGCCCCAUGAAGUUCCGCAACGCCUCCAUGAGGUUGGAUGACUGGGUGCUGUGCCGGAUCUACAAGAAGAGCAGCCACUCGCAGCCGACGGGCGUGCCGCCGCUCUCCGACCACGAGCAGGACGAGCCGGGCGCCUUGGAGGAGAACCCGCCGCUGUACGCGCCGUCGUCGUCGUCGAGCGCCGCCAUGAUCCUGCAGGGCGGCGCCUUUCCAGCGCUGAACGCAGCCGCUACGCAGAGGACGAUGAUGCAGAAGAUCCCUUCCAUAUCCGACCUGCUCAACGAGUACUCGCUGUCGCAGCUCUUCGACGACGGCGGUGCCGCCGCCCUGGACAUGACGCGGCAGCCCGACAACCAGCACCACCACCACGCCGCGCUCCUCGGCCACCCUGUCAUGAACCAUUUCCUCGUGAAUAGCAGCAUGGCGCAGCUCGCGCAGAUGGACUUGUCGCCGGCCACCGCCUCGACAUCAGCGGCAGCAGGCGCGCACGUCGAGGCGGCGGCCACCGGGAAGCGCAAGAGAUCAGACGCCGAGCCACAAACGAGCCAGUCGCCUCCAGCUGCCGCGGCGGCAGCCAAGAAGGCGAACGGUUCUUGCGUUGGUGCAACUUUCCAAAUAGGCAACGCCUUGCAGUUGCAGGGAUCACUGGGACUGGGCCACCAGAUGCUGCUCCACUCUAACAUGGGGAUGAACUGAUAGUUCUUCGUACAUACUACUGCAGUCUAAAACUCUGAAUAUAAUUGCACAUGGCGAAUUGGUGAUUUGAACAGUCAGGUCUAUUUCAAACGUAAAUAUAUAUGUGCAAAACGAUAGAUUAAUAUAGUCAAUAUAUUGCAAAAGAAAUCGUAAUUUGUACUUCUGUCGACUAGCCAGGUCGUCUGAUCAUGCAUGGCUAUACAGUUUGUGGUGUGUAUACAGUUUUUUUUCCUGCUAGUACUAUACUACUAUGUACCUCAAGCUAGCUCAGUACUAAAGAUUAAGCUAGAUAGGGGUUGAUAGGACUCUUGAUUGAGAUAGACCCACUGGAAGUCUGGAACAUGAGAUCAAGGAGAAUGAUGUCAAGAUAAAAGCCGGAUUUAUUGCUGAUGUUCUUGUAAAACAGCCAAUAAGUUAUUCUUUAAUUGCAGCC